AUGGUGGAUCGUGAUUGUGUUGUCAGGAACUCUGAGUCUGACUUCGGAGAGGCGCCGAGAUAUGGCGGUCGAAAAGGCAAGGGGAGAAAGGGUAGUGGUAAGGGCUAUCGUGGAGGCUAUGGGUCCUGGGACUAUUACGAUGGGUAUUACUAUUAUGUACCUGUUGGCAAGGGGAAGGGGUGGUCGACAAUGGGUGGUUACUAUUAUCCGCCUUAUGGCAAGGGAAAGGGAAAGGGAAAAGAAUACGGUAAAGGUGCCCCACGUGUUCGCUAUUGGUGGUGA